AUGUACCACGACUUAUACGAAUUUCACAGCGAAGUCGAUGAAGAACUAAGCAGCUUCAAGGGAAUUUACAAUGACGCUUGGUCAAAACUCACUGUUUCCAAAUUGAACUCCCCAUAUUUCGAAAUUUCUCGCAUUUUCAAAAGAAGCGCGGACAGCUGCAAUUGCGGUCCAAAGGCAGAGAACUGCCCAAGAGGCCCUCCAGGACCUGCUGGAAGGCCUGGACAACCAGGACUUGAUGGUGAACCAGGACAAGAUGGCAACAUUGGAGAUGGUUCCUUCGAUACAAAUUCGCAGAGCAAUGUUAUUGACUGCCCAGCUGGCCCACCAGGAAAUCCAGGACCCGACGGGACUCCUGGUCUUCCGGGACCCGACGGAAUGUCCGGAUCUGACGGCGAGCCAGGAAAAGAAGGACCACAGGGACCAGAUGGGCCAACUGGACCACCAGGCCGUCCAGGAGCACAAGGAUCACCAGGACAGCCAGGACGACCAGGAAAAAGCGCAACUAGACAGAUUGGAAGACCGGGACCACAGGGGCCACAGGGACCAAGAGGCCUACCAGGACAACCAGGACAACCAGGAAAUCGUGGAAACGAUGGUCAACAAGGAGAUGUCGGAUCGCCGGGAGAGCCCGGUCGAGAUGGUGAUAAGGGAUCGGAUGGAAUUUCAGGACGAGCGGGUGAAACAGGACUUCCAGGAGCUGACGCUGCUUAUUGUCCAUGUCCAGACAGAUCCCCAACCAUCGAAAAAACACCAACUGGAUAUAAAGUCAAGAGAAGACUCGUGGUUGUGCACGCUAACUAA